AUUAAUACAUAAUUAUUAAGAGUCAAUUAUAUAUUUAUUUAUCUCUUUUGAUUGAAAUUUAUCGAAAACGUGCUCUUUAUUUACUACAGUUGCAUUUUUAUUAAAUAUAAAAUCGUGUUUAUUUUAGAAUUAAUUUCUCCUGUAAUGAAAUUUACAUCGAUUUUCAAUAAGGUUAUUAUUCGCAAUCUUAUGUCUCCGUUUCAUAUAUUGUGAACGUACUUAUGAACACAUUUACGAUCGAGUAUUCAAGCGAAGCGAGCUAAGGUUUUGUGUAUUUACUAUCCCGUCUGUAUCUAUUGGUUGGAGACCUCUCUACAACCGCGAUAACACUUCAAAGUUGAUAAUUGACCGUUGAUAUUAAUACAUGUCGCUCUGUUACGAUGUAAUUGCGUAUAUUCAGUUUUCGGAAACUACUUAAUAACUUAAACAUUUCACUGCUUUUCCACUAACCGCUACUAUCAUCCAACUCAAUGUUUAAACAUUCUCGGGCUCCUGAUUUAAAGAAAUAAGUUAAAUACAAUAAAUACUAAACUUAUCUGUUCUAAAAGAUCUUGGUUUCAAAACAGAAAUAAAAUUACAAAAAAAUGUAACAACAUAGCUAACGGAAACGCAUUCACGGAGAUGACUACCGAUGCUUUACGUGAGGCGACCACCAAUGCAUUGCACAAAAAAAUAGAGGAAAUAAGGGAAGACGUUUUAGGACAGGUCAACAACCGCAUUAACGAUAUGAUGUCCGAGGUUCUGAAGAAGAUGGAAACACCACCAGAGAAGAAUGGGGAAUUUUUGUACAGCACGGACAAAUAUCGUGACAAAAGCAGAAAAUUAUCAAGCCAAAAGGACACGCUGCCGGUUAAGGAGUUCGUCGAGAGGAAUUCGUUCCUCACCGAUCUCUUCGAGAUUCCGCACAUACAUACGGUUUAUAAUCUAUUCAUGGUGACUCUCAUACUCCUAUUUUUUCACACUGCCACAUCCGAUUUUGUGAAAUCGGGAACGGUCCACAUGGGCACCAAAACACUACGGAUUGGUUUCGCAAAGUUCUCAACAUGCAUCUAUAUUUGGUCGUUCAUGCAGACUUUGACUCUCGGUGUCUACGUGGUUUUCAGCCUCUGGGCAUACCAGCGACUCCGAUUUUCGCCAAAAUCCUCCAUCCGGAAAUUUUGGGAUUACGGCUGGCUAUCAGCAUUUAUAUUAUAUGUAGCUCUUUUCCUCAUUUUUCCUACCAAAGCGAUGCUCAACGAGAAUAUGUCCAUAGGUUGCAGUUUUAUUAUUCUUCUCGAACAAAUACGUAUGAUGAUGAAGAGUCAUGCUUUCGUCAGGAGCGUGGCACCCAGGUUUUUGUCGUACAAACCCCACAACGAAACACCGCGGCCUAGCAUUCCCAGGUUCUCGCAAUAUUUGUACUUCCUAUUCGCACCGACUCUUGUGUACCGCGACGAGUAUCCCAGGACGAAAAAAAUCAGGUGGCUGGUAGUGAUUCGAAAUUUCAUUGAAGUCGGUUUAGCAUUGUUCUAUCUUGCCUUCAUUGCUGAACACUUCAUAUUACCUAUGAUCGACGUUACGUUCGGCACACAACAACUAGAGCGGAAGUGGUACGUCAAGAAUAUUAUCGAGGCUAGUAUCCCCGGCAUUCUUUACUUCGUCACCGGACAAUACCUCCUGCUGCAUGCGUGGUUGAACGCUUGGGCGGAAAUGCUGCGGUUUGCUGACCGAUUAUUUUACAAGGAUUGGUGGAACUCCACAACUUACCAUUCGUAUUACCGCACAUGGAACUUGGUGGUGCACGACUGGCUACACACGUACAUCUAUAAGGAUAUGUACGAGAUCGUAAUGCCACGCAACCGGACACUGGCAGCCACCGCCGUAUUCUUCGUUUCCGCCAUCGUCCACGAAUACAUAAUCGCAUUCGCAUUCGGCUUCUUCUACCCGGUCAUGUUCGUUUUAUUCGGCGGCAUAGGCUUCGCCAUGUUCUUCGUCCGUAAAAUCAUCACUAGCAACCUUUUCAUGUGGGUGACCUGGUUCCUCGGCAACGGCGUCAUGGUCAGUCUGUAUUCGAUGGAGUUUUACGCUCGGUACAACUGUCCACCUCAUUCCAAUUACUAUCUCGACCUGUUUAUACCGCGAAGCUGGUCCUGUCAAGCAUAAUUUGUCACGCGGAUUGUUCCAUUUGCAUUGGUGAAGCUUUUUCAUCGAACAAAAAUCUUUUCGUAUUGCCUGUACUCUGAUAAGACAAUAUUUGUAAAAAGUGUUGCGUGCGUGUUUAUGUAAUUAUUAUAGUUUAGUGUUAAACUAAAGCUAAGAAUAGUUGACAAAAACAUGCAAUAGGAGGACUAAUCCAGGAUCCAGACGCACUGUCAAUGAACGGUAAUUUUUCUAUGCAUGAAAUUGCAUAACUUGAAUUAUUUUUGAAUUAUCCAGAUAACUGUACGUUUUGCGCCGAGCCAGUGGUAAAUUCAAAACGGACGAAAAUUUUGCAUCUUUGUUGGAACCCAUCUGGUUGUCAUAACUUGUCACAUGAUUUUCAAGCUGCACUGUGUCAAGCGAAGCGAUUAUUUCCUCUUUCUUGGUGAAAAUUCUUAAUUUAACGUAGUUUUUCGAAAAUGCUAGAUUGUGAUCGAAUCGUUUAUUUAUUAUUUCAGAUUUCCCUUAUGUGUCUUCCAAGCUUCGUUUCCAGUUGCUUCUUUGAGUAUUUUAAAUUUCAUUAAAUUUGCAUCACGAUUCGACUCGUAGUAUUAACAGAGCAACUAGAAAAGAAAACAGUGCUAUUUACAGGAAAAAAAUAUUAGCUUUUUAUAAUAAGCGGCACGAGGAUAAAAUGAAAAAGAUGAAUAACUUAUCGAAUGCGAAGCAGUACCGUUAAUUGUGUACAAAUUGUUAUAUAAUUUACAACUAUUUUAAUUGAUAGAAGUAAAAUCUGUAUUUAGAAAAUUUGCGGUAUAUCGAGAGAGGCCGCAAGUCCUCUUGGAGCUCGAUAUUUUGUAUGUCAAGUUAAUUGUAAUUAAAUUAAUUUUGUACAAAGGGAAGUGGAGUCAUUAAAAGUACAAUACACGCGAGUUUAUAUAAAAAGGGAUAAUUUUUAUAAUCGAAGCUUUACAUACGUCUCCCAAUUUCCGCAUGGCAACGAAGAAGACGUACGUAUAUCUUCCGCACUAUACAAAUUAAUUUAUGUUAUACAGUCGAUAUACAUGUACAAUCCUCUCCAUAAUUUAUAUUUCCUUUUUCACUUUAUAAUAUAUUUAUAUAUAUAUUAUAUACAUAACUCAUGCUUCCUCCCUUUUUCUUGCUCUCCUUCUCUAUCUCACGCUUACAAAGAACAAAUUUCAACGACAAGAAAAAAUAGGAGACAAGUACACGUCCACGCGUACAUGUGAUAUACACAGCUCAUUAAUUUCCUUUAACUUUACACGACUUUUGAUUCCCGUUUUCGAUCUCGAUGCCGCGACGAAACUACUUUUUCGUCAUCCGCAAAAAUAAUCUAUACAACGAGAAUUGCUUUUGCCGACACACAUUCUCUCACCGUCUCUCUUCAUCUCUCUGUCAUUCUCUCUUUUUCUCCAAUUUUUACUCGAUCGAAAAAUAGAGGAAGUUACCAUAUCUUAUUUAUGGAGUUGUACAUGUCUUAUUUAUAAACAUUUGUACCUAAAUCUGCGCUCGUUCGCUGAGACAGUCGCGUAGUACGUCGCGAUGCGAUAUAAUUAACGAUCUUGAAAGCUACACGUCAAUUUUUCUUUCUUCUCGAAAUGUAAUCCUCUAUUCCAAGCUUUCCUAAUUGAGCUAUCUCUUUCUUAUUAACAUUAAACUUUGUGACUGACAAUGAGACAAAGGGUGAAAAGACAUCUUCAUGCUCUAUACAUGCUAUUGGAAUAGGAAUGAGAACCAAGAGAAAAUCUUGAAAUAGAGGAAAUGCUCUUCCCGCUGAUGUUUCAAUAGAAGAAGUCGCCGGUACAUGUACGCACGAUUUAACGUGAUCUUUAAUAAGCAAUGCGAAGAUUUAAAAAGUCGAACAGUUAAAUCUUCGCACUGUUGUUACGGGAAAAAGAUGUGCGACGAAAACGAAUGCGGAAGCGCAACGUUUAUCAACAGCACCGCUCUAAGAAUCAUUAACGACUAAUCGGAACAAUGAGCUUUUGCUAUCCGAUACCUUACCUUGGAAUAAGGUAAGCAACUAGAUAGAAAAAUUCCAUUUGCUGAACGAUGCCCUUUGCAGCAUACGAGCUAUCUUCAUGAGAUACCUCGUCGAUAAGAAUGUGCGAACGAUUGUCUGGAAGAAUGAAUUUUGUACCCAGAAUAGGAAAACGCUUCUUCCCCUGCUCUCUUUCUCUCUUUCUCUCUCAGCAUUUAUUCCGGAACACCUAAUAAAUAGCGGACUCAUUCCUUCAUUUUCUCCCUCGUUUUUUUUUCUUCGAGAUCAGCAAGAUCGCUGAUCCCGAACUACCUCUUCCAAAGUAUUACUUCUAAAUACAGGAAAAUAGUAAAAUUAAUUCACGGCUUUGUACACUUAUUAAAUAUGUAUGCUA